GCCCCGAUCGAGCGCUGCUUGGAAGAGGAACUCCAUCUCCCUGAGCCCGCAGCCGUGCAGAGCCACCGGGUGCUGCCGAGCCCUCCGCAGGCGGCUCUGUCGCUGGCGGAGAUCGCAAAGCUGUGCCGGUGAUGUCCCCGCAAUAGGAGUCUGAGUUCGGCGGGCUGUGGCCUCCAAAAUGGAUUUCCUCUGGAUCUGCCUCAUCCUUUUGGCAGUGGUGCUGCCUGAAGGCAGCCUGGCAGACCUGGAGAAGCAGAGGAUGGGCUCUGGAUUGGAGAUCUAUAAGAAACUGUUCGAGGUGAAGCGCAAGGACCAGAUGAAUGCCCUGAAGAACCUCAUAGAGCUCAAUGACAUUAACCAACAGUAUAAAAUCAUUGACAUCAUGCUCAAGGGACUCUUCAAAGUGCUGGAAGACUCCCGGGCUGUACUCAUAGCUGCAGAUGUGCCACCAGAUGGGCCUUUCCCCCAGGAUGAGAAGCUGAAGGAUGCGUACUCCCAUGUGGUGGAGAACACAGCCUUCUUUGGGGACGUUGUGUUGCGCUUCCCCAAGAUUGUGCACCACUACUUUGACCGCAACUCCAACUGGAACAACCUGAUCCGCUGGGGCAUCGGCUUCUGCAACCUGACGGGCGUCUUUGAGCAGGGGCCCCACUCCCAGCUCCUGGGGCUGAUGGCUCAGGAGCUGGGCAUCAGUGAGAAGUCCCCCAAUUACCGCAACCCCUUCAAAGCUGACCACUCUGAGUUCUUCCCCAGCGCUGACACCUUCCAGAAGGCGCUGCGCGAGGAGGAGAAGCGGCGCCGCAAGGAGGAGAAGCGCAAGGAGAUCCGCAAGGGCCCGCGCAUCUCUCGCUCGCAGUCUGAGCUGUAGGCCCGGGUGGGCCGGGACCUGCAUCGAUGCAGCCGCUCCCACCCAUGGCUGGGCUGGGGAUGCCCUGCCAGCCGCUUCUGUGAGUUUCAGGGUGGAUUUUUGUUUUUCAGUCGAUGCGGCCCAGUGGUCCCACGGCCCCAAAGUGGGGCUAUCCCUGAGCAACGGGCGCUGGGGCACCACUCGUCAGAUGGGUGCAAAGCCGUGUGCUGGGGACGGGGCAUGCGUUGUUUUUCUGGAAUAAAUCGGAACGGUUGUUAUUUU